AUGGGUAAUCAACACCAUAUUGGAGCAAGACCAGUAAGGCCGCCUCGGGACGAGCACCCAUUACCAAACUUUAAUGUUACUCGGACAGAGUUGUAUGAAGAUUUGGUUGCAAAGAAUCUUAUAGGGCCUCAACCUAUUAAACCUCUCCAACCACCUUUCCUAGCUUGGUAUGAUCCGAACGCAACAUGUGAAUACCACAUGGGGGUGGCUAGCCACUCUAUUGACAAAUGUGAUGCUUUCAGAAGACAUGUGCUUCUUUUAUUAGAUAACAAUCAUAUUGGGAUCAAGACAGGUAGCAAUCCUAAUAUCACCACCAAUCCCCUACUUGAGCAUGAGAAAGGAAAGCCAGUUGCCAUGAUAGAUAAUGACAUUAGCCUCUCAAAAGCAGUAGAGGACAUUCCUUGCACCAUGAAGCAGCUGUAUGAGCACUUAAGAGAAUUAGGCUACAUCCAGCAAAGCUUUAGGAGCAAUGAAAGAACUUCUCAAGCUAUAAAAAAUAUGAGAAAUGUAUGUGCAUUAGAUGGGAAGGUUACAUAUUUUGUAAUCAAUAAGGAGUUGCAAGCUGCAGAAGGAGAAAAUUCAUCCUUUUCGAUAAAUAAGCCAAUUUAUGAAGUGAAGGAAUCAGCAGAAAAAUCCUUUUUGCUUAUUGGCAAAACAUCUCAUAAUGUCAAUAACAAGAAACCUAUUGCUUUCCUCCACGUACCAGCACCAUUCCUAUAUCAUAGCAAUCAUGCUGUACCUUGGAAUUAUGGCUUAAGAAUUGAAGGCCCUCGCGAUCAAGGGACACUAAACAAAGCUAGUAAUGUUGACAUUACAGUUAGUGGAAUUACACGAAGUGGUCGAAUUUACGCCAAUGAAACCUAUAUGCUAGGGGGUAAGGGUUUAGAAGUUGGAGAAAGCUCAGGCCCUAAAGAUUCUGAAGUACAUCGAAAGGCUUUACAAAAGGUUCUAAAUGAGGCUUAUGUGUGCCCAAACAUAACUCCUGAGAAAGUGGUUAAUCUAGUUAAUGCUGUGAAAAACUCUACAUUAAUUGCAUUCUCCAAAGAUGAGAUCUUCCCGACAGCUUCUCAAUGCCUAAAGGCGCUUCACAUUACUUUAAAGUGCCAUGGUUAUGUAAUAGCCAAAGUAUUAAUUGAUGGGGGUUCUGCCUUAAAUGUCUUACCUCGAUCUACUAUGGAACUUUUACCUAUUGAUGCAUCUUGUAUGAAACAUAGCGACGUGGUAGUUAGGGCAUUUGAUGGGACAAGACGAGAAGUUGUAGGCAAUGUCUGCCUUCCAUUGCAAAUUAGACCAAGUACUUUUGUGGUAGAAUUUCAAGUUAUGGACAUCGAUGCUGCAUAUACCAUGUUACUUGGUAGACCCUAG